AUGGUCCAAAGCAGGUUGAGGAGCUGUCGCGAAACUGCACCACUCUUCAGGGUUGGGUAUGGCUUCUUCAACCUUCCCAGCGUCACAAACAUCACAGGUUGUUUGAGCGUGGGCAACUACCUCCCUAGUGGCCUUACCGACAUCCAGUUGCCUGAUCUCGAACAUGUGGGCGACUUUCAAUUAUCUGGUGUAAAGAGUGCCUCGCUGCCUCGCCUGCCUGUGGUUGAAAAAUCGGAUGAGAUCCACGCUCCGGUCAAUGGCAGUUGCCACUUUCCAUCUUUGAUAACGGUGGAACGGAUCUCAAUAUCGGGGAACUUGUCAAGCGUGGCUUUUGAAGCACUGCAAAAUGCCAGCUCCAUCACCAUUGAGAAUCGUACCUCGGACGAGUGCUUGCUUCGGAACCUCACCACGACAGUAGUCGACAUCUCCUUCCCCGUCCUCGAGCGUGUUGGAGAGACGCACCUCCGAGGGAACAUCUCUAGCUUUUCGGCGCCGGAACUUACAACGAUCGCACCGCGUGGGAACUAUGAUACCGCCAUGAUAUGGGUCGAGUCGUACGAGCCGGGACUCUCUGUCGACCUGCCUAAACUAGCUUUCGUGAACGGCAGCGUGGCAUUCGAAGGCGUGAUCAAUAGCGUAUCCCUUCCCAUGCUGCGGAACGUGACGGGGAACUUCAAUCUACAAACGUCCAGUGCAGAGCCAAUCGCGAUUGAUUUGGCCAUCGAGUACACAAACGAAGUGGAGGUCCGCGGGAAUAUUGAUAGCGUUGCUCUACCGGGCCUGAGAAACUAUUCCACGAUUAGGGUCUACGUGGACGAUGCAUUCGACUGCGGGGGUCUUGGUGAGCAGCUUAACGGGACUGUUACCCCGCCGGCUAUUCAUUAUGAAAACUUCUUUUGUAGUGGAGCAGAGAGCUUCUCCUCUACAUGGGGUGCUGUAUUUGGGGCUGCUGUGAUUGUUGGUUUCUGGAAUAUCAUCAUCUAG